AUUCGUGAAGCAUCCUCCAUAUCCAUGUAAUGUCAAUACGAAGUUUUACACGUCCUACUAACCAAACAGCCCGCGAGUGAGCGAGGAAGGAAGGCGUGAGAAGAAGUACGAAUGCGAUCCAAAAGGAGACCAAACACACCUUUAGGAAGUCAGUUCAGUCAGGCAUUACCUCGACUAUGAUACAAGAAAUGUCUUCCUACAUCAGAAGUCGGAAUACCGCGUCUGUUAUAGCGGCACAUGAGGCCGGCACCGAGAUGGCUCUCUCGACAGGAGCCAUAGCCGGCAUCGCAGUGGGCGGGGCCGUGAUUCUCUUCGCGGCGCUUGCGCCUCUGCUCAUCAAACUUGCCAGGAAGCGGGAUCAGCGUCGUGUGUCUGCUUUUCCCGAGUCGGCGGUAGAGUCCGGGGACACGACAACGAACGAAACGGGCCCGCGACGACUACGCAAGAAGAGCUUUAUCGGCGAGCAGGUGGCUGUCAUGAUGGAUAAGGACGACGAGGUCGGGAUGGAGGAGAGUAGGAGCAGACGCUCGAGUCUGAACGUCAUAUCUCCCGCUCGAACACGUCCGGGAAGCUUUUCUGGGGGAGACGGGAGCAGGAGAGGCAGCGUAGAUACGCAGCAGGGACAGAAGCCGCGGUCGCCGGACAAGGAGCGCGGUUACGACAUGUACCAACACAGACGCAAGACAUCGUGGAUCGACGAGGAUGCGCUUCACGGCCCGACUAUCACUUCUCCAAGGAAGUCAAAACAGAAGCACAAACGGAGAGUGAGCUGGUUCGACGGUGGUUUAGGCCGUUCCUUAAGCCGUCUCUCGACAAGGAGUGGUAUAGGGGAAGUAAGCCCUACUCUGCCGUAUACCGAGACGGGAAUAGAAGAGCAACUCAACGCUCCUGCGGACGACCCCAACGAACAGAGGAUGAACGGGCCACCUCAGGACACAAACGUAACCGGGUACACAGCAACACCACGGCAGAGUCAACACCAGCCGCAGGUCUACACCAGUCCUCAAAAAUCAUACGGGCCCUCGAACAACCCAAGCCCCGGGUCCGCCUCUAACAGCCCGUCAAAGUCACCACCAGAUAUCAUCCACAACCCACGAUACCGUAACAGGGUUUCCUUCCAAGCCGCCCAACAACUAGCCGGCGGAGCGCGUCUACCAGCCCCUAUUAGUAUCCCGCAGGGGCAGACGCAGAGACAGCCGAUCUUGAAACACAGCGCGACUGACACGGAACUAUCGGAAAUUCUGCGCAUGACUGCGGAGAGAUUACAAGACGGGAAUAGGAGCGCGCGACGGCAGACUCUAAUGGCCCCCCCGUGUACCCCUGGAAGGGUGCUUAAUGGAGGAAUCCAAGGAAACCAUUAUGGGGGGUAUAUGGACUUCAGUUAUGAGACUCCCAACAGAGGGGACAUCAGUCCCGUCAAGAGCCACAAGAGCGCUCCGGCAACACUGUCGUACGCGGAAUUAGAAGGAUCUACUCCAAAGCCACCACAGUUAUCUCAACGUCCGAUGCGGACUCCUGGGCAUUCGCGACAGCAAUCCCACGUAUCGCGGAUAUCGCAAGUCUCGAUGCUAUCAGAACCAGAUAGCCUCGUUGCGUCUAAGAGGGAGUCGUACCAAGACGUACGAACCGCUUUGUCCAGCCCGAGCCGGGUCAACAGGUCGGCAGAACCUAGUCCUAGCCCGCAAGGGAGCCAGCCGGCUCGUCCAUUCUCAAACGGUAGUACUUUGUCUUCCGCGUUAUCGACACUGUAUAGCAUGGAAGAAACAUCUGUCCGCAGCCCGCCGGUCGACUCGAUACCAGAGGGCAGCGUAGAGAGGCGCAUCCCUGGCAAAGUUCUUUCUAGUCACGAGGUGCUCUCUCCAAGCAGAAACCGCGAGGCAAACCCAGAGCGAAGCCCCAAGUCUCGCGUCAAGGAGGAAGAAGUACCUCCUCCCCUACGAAUUCGUCGAGGAACCUUGGGGAUGGACACAUCGCCCGCACCUCGGUUAUCCUCGCGACAGAGUAUAGAAACCAAUAGUAUACCAAGACGUAAACUAUCAUUCACGCUCCCGUCAUCGGACGAAAACGACGACGACCCAUUCACUAUGUCAACGCCGCCGCCGCAAAACCCCGCUCGCUUAUCAAAGGUCUUCUCACCACUUCCAGCCGAACUACCCCGUAAACAGUCAGACGCGAAAUAUCCCGCGCACAAAAGAACCAUAUCCCAAGAGAGCGCCUCCAUCUCAACCCCGACGCCCUCUCCCUCUCGCAGACGAGUAUUACCCUCCCCCCGAUCCAUACUCAACUCGCCCACCUUCGCAAACCACCAACGCGCCCCCAGCCCCGUAGUCUCCGAAGCCGGGUUAUCAUCCGUAUACGACAGUUAUAACUACAGCUACAACGACACCCCCGACGGCUCGCCCGAGAAACUCGUCCACACGAUAUCCAACUCGGGCCGCUCCUCGCGCAUCGGGUUCCGCAUCCCGAACUACGGACAAGCCGAAGAGCCGCGACAGUUCAACCACGAAUCCGUAACAUGGGUGCCCGCAUCGCCGCCCCCGCCGCGGCGCAGCAUGCCCUCCGAAGGAUCCAUAUACUCGCAAGACGAAGACCAAGUCCCGCCGCUGCGCGCGCAGACCAUCAAGCGCAGCAAGACGGUGCGCAUGUCAACAGCCAUUACCGAGCUACGGCGCAUGAACAGCCAGCUAAGCACCAUGAGCGACAUCAGCGUCGCCAGUUCUACGGUCGUAGGGAUGCGAGGAGGCGGGUUUAGUCCCGGGCGGCAGAGCGGCGGUGUGAGGAAUUAUCUCGCGCUAGGAGGGGAUCUGAAGAGUAAUAGCAACAGAUUGUCCCAGUCGAGCGUGGGUAGCGGUACCGUAAUUCGCAACGCCAGUUCCAGUUCCAAUACCAAUAUCAAUACCAAUGCGAGAAACGGCAGUCCUUUACGACGAAGUGGCGCUGGGAGAAGCCGUCGGGGCACGGUGGUGGUGCAAGGGUUAGACGCCAAAAGGGGGAGCAACAUCGGAACAGACGCCGUAAAGCACGCCAGCCAGAUCAUGACGCAUGCCACGAAGCUAAGUCGCGAAGAGGCCACGGCUAAGCGGGCGAGUGUUGAAAGCCUGUACGACGCGAAGGGGUUCCUGAAGGGCUAAUUGUAGACGCCGCGACUUUGUAUACCACGCUCUCGACGAGCGCAAUAUUUCCUCUGUAAUGUAAACACAGUGUGCUGAUAUCUUUAACCUUCGUCGUAUAUUAUAUAUAUCCUGUUAUGCAACUGGGUUGGGUUAGGGGGUUCCAAUAUAAUAGUUAUUUAAAAUUUCAGAGCAUCUAUCCCCGACUUUUAGAUACCGAGGAUACUUAUACUAGGGAAACAUUAGGUACCCUAGAAGAUACCAUAUAAUCGGAUUAUUCAACUCUCUUAAUGAACUACC